AUUGCUGAUUACAGAUUGCUGAAACAGGCAAACACAGCCGGUUUUUUUCAUAACUAGUUUAACCUUGUUAUGCCGAGGUUGAAGAUGUACGGAUAACCACUCAAGACCUAUGAGGUUGUUAAAGCAAAUAUUCAAUGUGAUUUGCAGCUGAAUUAGAGCGUAUCUUAUAUUUAAUUGUUACCAUUUGACUUAUUGAAGUUUCGAUCUUGUUUUUAAUAUAAAUUUCUUAUUUUCAUCUCUACUGUUCCACACAACUCAAUCAAUGGGAUUUGCCGGUUUACUCAAUGUCACAGUAGAUUCUCUUUCGCUGGCUUAUCAAAAUCUAAGUGUCCAACUAAUUGUUUAUUUAAUUGUGUUUACCAUUGUUUUGGUUGUGAUUAUUAUUCUUAAUAGACCUGUUAAUAUUAUUCGAGAUUUUAGUAGGACUGAUGUUAACCUUAACCGUUUGAAUCAACCUGGAUGCUUUCCCAACGGCUGGAUUGGUGUUUGUGAAUCUCAAUAUCUAAAGGACAAUGAAAUCAAACGUUUCGAUUUCUGUGGACACAGAAUUAUUUUAUUAAGAUCUUCAUCAUCAUCAUCGUCAUCUGGAUCGUCUCUUGGAAAACCAUAUGCUUUGGAUGCAUUUUGUCCACAUUUAGGAGCUGAUUUCUCAGUCGGAGGUAAAAUAGUGAAAAAAUGUGAAACUGAUUGUAUUCGUUGUCCAUUUCAUGGUUGGGUGUUCCGAGCAAACGAUGGAUUAUGCCUUGAAGUUCCUUAUGCUAAGGACAAAAAACCACCAAAUGGAGUAAAAGUGAAAGUUUGGAAAUGCCUGGAAAUGAAUGGAUUCAUUUAUGUUUGGCAUCAUUCAGAAGGUGAAGACCCAACUUGGACUCCUAAUAUUAUUGAUCAUAUUACAACAAAAAAAUGGAAAUACUUUGGACGAACCGAGCAUUUAGUCAAUUGUUUACUUCAAGAGAUACCUGAAAACGGACCUGAUUUUGCACAUUUAAAUGAAGUUCAUGCUCCUUCUUUCAUGUGGGGAGGAAAAAUAAAAGAAAAUAACAAUAUACUCAUCGAUUCCAUCAGUCACAGAUGGGAAAGUACAUGGCAGAAGGGUGCUUCGAACGAUAGUCACAAAGCUAUUCUCAGUCUGAAAUCAAUGACUUUUUUGUUUGGUUUUAAAUUGGCUGAGCUGGAGUUUGACAGAUUAGAGCAAAUUGGACCUGCAAUUGUUAAUCUAUUCUUUUGCUUCAACCUUUUUGGCAUCCGAUUGGAAGGCUGUUAUGUUCAAAGUGUGAUCUCACUGGCUAUCAACAAACAGAAAAUUAUUCAUCAUUUAUACAUGGAACCAAAUUGGAUGUCAUCGAUAGUUGCUCAAUUUUUAUUAAGAGCUGAAGCAAUCAUGCUUGAACGAGAUAUUCAAAUAUGGAGCAACAAAAUUUAUCUGAAUAACCCAAAAUUAGUGAAGGAAGAGAAACAAAUAGCCAUGUUCCGACGCUGGUACUCACAAUUUUUCAGUAGCUCUAAGGAGCCACAAUACAAAUUUGAAGAUCUCUGGUAACGAAAAUCGCUUAAUUUCCACAAUCAAAAAGUCUAUUCAAAGUUAAUCUUUACUGUCAACCUACAGUUAAAUCUAUCUACAGUAAAAUCUAACACGAAAUGUACAAAGAUUUAUGAUUAUUUAUUGAUAUAAACUAAUCAAUAUCGAGAUAUAUUAUUCUCGUUACUUGAUUACAAAUUGCAGAUAUUCAAUGUUUUUGUUUCUCAUUCGUAUCUUUUUAAACAGUUUCAGCGAAAUCACUGAUUAAUGAUCGGAUGUUUUUAUUCAAAUAAAUUAUGAUGAUUACUGUAAUUU